CCGCCCGGGCCUCGGGCCUCGCCGCAGGUCCUGCCAGUUUCUCAAAGGCCGGAGCGCCACCCUUGCCGCGUGCCUCGGCGCGGCCCCUUUAAGGGCCGGGGGUGUGUGGCGGGCCCGCCCCCUCCCCGCAGCGCCGGCCGCCCGUUAAAGGGGCCGCGCCCUCGGAGCCCGCCGAGUGCCAGCCGGGCGGAGGGCGCGAGAUCUGGCCACGGGCCGGCGGGCGGAGAGGGCGCGGAGGGUGCGGGCUCGCUGCGGCCCCUCCGCACAAUGUACACCAUCACCAAGGGACCCAGCAAGCUGGUCGCGCAGCGGCGCACAGGUCCCACGCAGCAGCAGGUGGAGAGCAGGCUCGGUGAGCUCCUGAAAUGCCGGCAUCCCGUGCCGCCGACCCCGCAGCCCCCCCAGCCCCCGCGGGCGCAGCCGCCGGGACCCUGGCCCCUGUCGAGUCCAGGGCCGAGGCUCGUGUUCAAUCGGGUGAAUGGCCGGCGGCCACCUGCCAUAUCCCCGUCUCUCGAGGGAACCCAGGAGACCUACACGCUUGCCCACGAGGAGAACGUCCGAUUUGUGUCCGAAGCCUGGCAGCAAGUGGAGCAGCAGCUGGGUGGUGGCCCAGCCGGUGAGAGCGGGCCGAGGCCUGUGCAAUACGUGGAGAGGACCCCCAACCCCCGGCUGCAGAACUUUGUGCCCAUCGACCUGGACGAGUGGUGGGCACAGCAGUUCCUGGCCAGGAUCACCAACUGCUCCUAGUCACAGCUUUGGAAGGAAUGCUGCCCAUGCAGGGCCUGGCCUUACCCCACGCUGGACCCUCUGCCAGGAGAGGACCACGGUGCCCUGUCCACCUGCUGCUGCGGGCCGUGCUCCACCCUGGGCCUGGCCAGGCGCCGACCACACCUGAAGUGCCAGCAUUUGGACUUUUGCCCCUGCUGACCCCUGGGCCCAGCUGUUCCAGGCUGCCAGGGGCCAGGGGUUGAACCUGUCUGACCUCAGUCCUGCUCACUGUGCCCGGGGACCAGCCCAUGGGGCUGGCAGGGAGGAGCUCCAGGCUAAUAAAGUUGAGAAACUGCC